CCGAUGGAUGCAAUCUGUCACUUUCUUAUGGUCUGGUACUAUUGCACGUUGACUAUCCGAGAAAGUAUCCUAAUCAUCAAUGGCUCCAGACUUGGAGCUUGGUGGGUGGCUCAUCAUUACCUCGCAUGUGUUAUCGGUGGAGUCGCUCUUACCUGGCCUGACGAUGCUGCUUAUCAAUUGUCCCAAAAGUGA